ACAACUUGUCCACACAACACAUUCCCACAACCAAAUAUAUACAAGUCUCCUCCAAUCUUCGCUGGUGCUUUGACGAUGGCCACCAAGAACUAUGGUGAAUUGUACAACAUGCUCGGCUGGGGUGAACCUUACUUCAUCGUGAACACGGAUGGCCACCUAUGUGUCAAGACCAACGGCCACGAGACAAAGCCAGGGCAAGAGAUAGACGUGGUGUCCGUUGUUGAAGCUGCAAAGGAAGAGGGCGUCCAGUUUCCGAUGAUCCUCCGCUUCCCCGGCGUGCUCAAGCACCGCGUCGACUCGCUCCACGUUGCAUUCGAGAACGCCAUCAAGCACACCGGGUACACGGCGCCAUAUCAGGGCGUGUACCCAGUGAAGGUGAAUCAGAACAAGGCCAUCAUCAACGACUUUGUUACCUUCGGCCACCGUCAUAGCUACGGGCUAGAGGCGGGCUCCAAGCCGGAAUUGCUCAUCGCAAUGAGCUACCUUACCAAAGCCAAGCCCGGAGCCUUCUUGGUGUGCAAUGGCUACAAGGACGCGGAGUAUGUGGCGCUGGCGCUCUCGGCGCGUGCCAUGGGCCUCAAUGUCAUCAUCGUGUUGGAGAUGGAGGAGGAGCUGGACAUCGUCAUCGACCAGAGCAACAAGCUCGGGGUGGAGCCGGUGCUGGGCGUGCGUGCCAAGCUUCUCACCAAGAUUCCAGGCCACUUCGGGUCGACGGCCGGCAAGCACGGCAAGUUCGGCCUGCUCGCGGAGAAGAUCUACGAGGUGGCCAAGAAGCUCCAGGGUCUCAACAAGCUACACUGGCUCAAGCUGCUACACUUCCACAUCGGAUCCAUGAUCCCGACAACGGACAUCGUGUCCAAUGCAGCCAGGGAGGCCUCCGGCAUCUACUGCACUCUGGUGAACCAGUAUGGUGCGCAGAUGACCACGCUGGACUGCGGCGGAGGGCUCGGCGUCGACUACGACGGCACCCGGUCAGGUAGCUCCGACAUGUCGGUGGCAUAUGGGUUGGAGGAGUAUGCGUCCAGCAUUGUGCAGGCGGUGCGGCUCACGUGCGAGUACAAUGGUGGCGUUCCCCACCCUGUUUUGUGCACCGAGAGCGGCCGCGCCAUGGUGUCGCAUCACUCGAUGAUCAUCCUCGAGGCCCUCUCGGCGAUCCCUGAGCCCAAGGACGACGAUACCCCUGAGCAGCUGCACGGCAAGAUCCAGCAUCUUUCCUCCAAUGUGCCCUCGCCGAGAGCACUCGUGGCCACGGACCUCCAGAAGCACGCCACCGACAUCCAGAAGCACGGGAUCGAGAUGUACAAGCUGGCCAAGAAGCUCUCCAAGCGGAUCGCCGGGGACGCCAACACCAUCUACAACUACCACAUGAACCUCUCCAUCUUCUCGCUCGUUCCCGACUUCUGGGGCAUCAAGCACCUCUUUCCGAUGAUGCCCGCGAGCCGGCUCAACGAGAAGCCGACUCAAAUGGGCACGCUCAUCGACAUCACAUGUGACAGCGACGGAAAGGUUGACAAGUUCAUCGGCAAUGCCGACACGCUGCCGCUGCACACGCUGGACCCUGAGAGCGACGGCUACUACGUGGCCGUGCUCCUGUCCGGCGCGUACCAGGAAGCCCUUUCUUGCAAGCACAACCUGUUCGGCGGCCCAAGCAUAGUGCGGGUCGAGAACAGCACCGACAAUAGUAUUGAUGGUGGUGGUGGUGGCUUCCACAUCGCCACAGCCGACCUUGGCCCGACGACGGAGGAGCUCAUCAGCACCGUGGGGUACGAUGUCAAGGAGGACAUUCGCGGCGUGAUCGAAAAAUGGGCCAGGGAGAAGGAGGUGUGGGAGAAGGUGGGGGUGUUCGUGGAGGCUGGGCUUACCUCCAUGCCCUACCUCGUCGAAUACAAGGUCCCGCGAACCGCCUAAUUUCAUCGUGAUUCAUAUUUCAUGCUAUUUCUUUUAUCCACACUUUGGCUUUAAAUAAGCGUAGCCGGCAUGCCUGCCUCAUUCGUACGUGUAGGACAGGCUUUGGGUUUCGCCAUUCCACGCCAUGCUUUGCCAUUUUCUAUUGAAGAAUAAAUAAAGUUCAUCUCCCCUUCUCA